CGGCUUGAUCUGCGUCAUCUUCACCUGUUUCACCGACGAGUUCUCCUCUUCAACUUCUUGGACCUUGUGACGUGAUGACGACGAGGCAGAUGGUUCGAUGCCCAGCCCAGAUCCUAGAUCCUAGAUCGAUGAACGGCCGGCCGGAGGACGACGACGGCGAUGACCCAUUCAAGGCCUUCCUGCCCAGAUUCAAGAACCUUACCGCGGCGGGGAAGGUCUCGCUGCUCGAAUUCUUCGGGGUUCCGGUGUACAUGUCAAUGUCGAUGCAGAACGACGACGAGCAGGUGACGCUGAAGACGAAGAGCACCACCGCAUUGGUGACGGGCACACUGAUGAUGAGCAGCUCCUCGCCUAUCAGUCGUAAGCGUUCGGCACAGACGUUCGGCACCGUCGAAGCAGCCGACGAAGAGCGAUGGUCGUUGAUAGCCAAAGUUACAUUUUAGUACCUGAAGUUUUUAAGAAGAUACAAAUAGGUCCAGCAUCAUAUAUGGAAGAUUUUAUUUUAGUACAUUAAAAAUUUCGCUUUACAUUUUAACACCUAAUAAAAAAAACACAUACAGGCAGGUCAAAGGAGAUGGGUACCCAAGCCCAAUCCAUACCCAAAAAUAAAAUCCAAACCCAACUCCACCUACCCAAACAUUAUCCAAAUCCAUAUAGAAUAAAUCCAUACCCAGCCCAUAUAAAUGGAUAUAAUUGGGUUUGGGCAAAAAUACCCAUGGGUGGGUAAAUUGCCAUCCCUACUCCCAGGGACUGCAGAUUACUGUUGUAGCUUCUAGUUCAGCCACUCCUCCUCAGGCAAACAAUUUGAUUGAUGAGGAUGGGUUUCAACUUGUGGUAAUGAGGAAAAAUUCAACUCCUCGGUCGAGUAUGAUUAAGGUUCCAGCCUCAGCUGUUCAGUCUCGUGUGCCGCUUAACGCGAAGGGAUUUGGUCUAGUAGCCCCUGUUUCUCCACGCAAGGGUGAGAAAAACAAGAAAAAAGGUAAAUGAAGUUCUUAUGUUGGA